CCCAAAAAUAAGCAUCCUAAAGAUAUUCACUGCUCCUGGGGACCACCCAGACUUCUCCGCACUUCGACCCCAUGUUCGAACACGGAAUAUAAACACUUUACCUGUUAGGUAGCACCUAGUCGACGUCACAGCACGUCGGAGCACCUAUGGCCCUGCGAUGGCGCCGCAUACCUCUCUCCACGAGACCAUUCACGCGAGCAUUUUCCACAAGCCCACCACGACGUAUCAUAAAACCGAUAACAGAGCUCCCCGAGCGAAUAAAACCAUUAUACAUCCAACAACCAUCUAAAUCAUUGCUUUCCCUCCAAUGGCCCUCACCACCUCGCAACAUCCUCAUCACGAAGAAGAAACGCACCCCCGGCAUAACCUCCUCCUUGAUCGAAUUCAGCAACCACCUCUCAGCAACCUACCCCCACAUAAACAUAAUAUUAGAACCGGACUCCGCCUCCGAGAUCCAUGAACUGCUACACUACCCCGUCUACACCUACUCAGAACCCACAAACGAGACCUCGACCCCGGCCCACCUCUCUGAAAAGACCGACGUAGUAUGCACCCUCGGCGGCGACGGCACCAUCUUGCGCGCGGCGAACCUCUUCUCGCACUCGCCCUCGGUCCCGCCCGUCCUCAGCUUCGCCAUGGGCACCAUCGGCUUCCUGGGGGAGUGGAAAUUCAAAGACUACAAGCGCGCCUUCCGCGAAGUCUACAUGUCGGGCGCCAACGACGCCUACGCCUCCAUGGAGCUCCCCACCACCAACAACGACGACCCUUCUCAAAAGGACAUAUCGCACCCCACCUACGCCGACAUUCGCGGCAAAUCCAUGGGCCGCGCCCGCACCGCGCGCAUCCUCCUGCGCAACCGCCUGCGCGUCGGCGUCUUCUCCCCCUCGGGCGAGCGCAUCAACGGCACCGAGGCCGAGGGCGACACGUACGCCCUCAACGAAGUCAUUGUGCACCGCGGCAGUUCGCCGCACCUCAAACACAUUGACGUCUUCGUCGGCGGCAGGUUCCUCACCGAGGGCGUCGCAGAUGGGAUGAUCAUCUCGAGUCCCACGGGAAGCACGGCGUACUCGUUGAGCAGUGGAGGCAGCAUCGUGCAUCCGCUCGUACCGAGUCUCCUCCUCACUCCCAUAUGCCCGCGCUCCUUAUCCUUCAGACCUUUAGUCCUCCCCGCCGAGACGCCCAUCACCCUGCGCCUCAGCGGCAAGAACCGCGGCCGCGAAGUCGAGGUCUCCAUUGAUGGGAAGCGCAUCUCGGCGGGCAUAGGCGUGGGCAUGGAAGUCCAUGUGCUGGCCGAGCCGGUCAAGGAUGUGGUCAGGGGCGAGUGGGGAUGUGGCGGCGUGCCGAGUAUCGUCCGGGGAGUGGUGGGCAUGGAGGAGAGGGAGGAGGAUCAUUGGGUCGGUGGUCUCAAUGCGUUGUUGAAGUUUAAUUAUCCGUUUGGGGAUCAGGAUGGGGAUGGGGAGAGGGGUGCCGAUGGUGGUGCUGGUGGGGGUGGGGGUGGACGUUGGGGGAGGGUGUGA